GCAGCUUUUUACUGGCCAAUGCGCAGAUUGUCGACUACCCAAUUGUCUACUGCAACGAGACAUUCUGCAAAAUAUCCGGCUUCAACCGAGCUGAGGUGAUGCAGAAAUCGUGCAGAUGCAGCUUCAUGUACGGCGACCUGACCGACAAGGACACGAUCGCACGGUUCGAGGAGAGCCUCGAGGACCAGAACCAGGACCAGUUCGAGAUCUUGCUCUACAAGAAAAACCGUACUCCACUAUGGCUGCUGCUGCAUUUAGCGCCCAUCAAGAACGAAAAGGAGGUGGUGGUUCUGUUCCUUCUGACGCUGAGAGACAUAACCGCUCUCAAACAGCCCAUCGAGGCAGAUGACAACAGAGCGAGUCUGUCCAAGUUCGCCAAGCUGGCCCGCUCGGUGACUCGGUCCCGGACCGUGCUGGCCUCCCAGUUCGCCUCCAACGUGUCCGGCGUCAAGGAGAAUGGCAAACAGUCCAACAUCGCUCAUAUGAUGUCUCUCAGUUCGGACGUGCUGCCCCAGUACCGUCAGGAGGCGCCCAAGACGCCGCCCCACAUUCUCCUCCACUACUGUGCCUUCAAAGCCAUCUGGGACUGGGUGAUUCUCUGCCUCACAUUCUACACCGCCAUCAUGGUGCCGUACAACGUCGCCUUCAAGAACAAGACGUCGGAGGACGUCAGCCUGCUCGUGGUGGAUUCCAUAGUGGACGUUAUUUUCUUUAUAGACAUUGUGCUGAACUUUCACACGACAUUUGUGGGGCCUGGCGGGGAGGUGGUGAGCGACCCGAAGAUCAUCCGAAUGAACUACCUCAAGUCGUGGUUCAUUAUCGACUUGCUCUCCUGCCUGCCGUACGACGUCUUCAACGCCUUUGAUCAUGACGAAGAUGGUAUCGGCAGCCUCUUCAGCGCGCUGAAGGUGGUCCGUCUGCUGCGGCUGGGCCGCGUGGUCCGCAAGUUGGACCGCUACCUCGAGUACGGCGCCGCCAUGCUCAUCCUGCUGCUGUGCUUCUACAUGCUAGUGGCUCACUGGCUGGCCUGCAUCUGGUACAGCAUCGGCCUCUCGGAUGCCGAUAAUGGAGUCACAUACAGCUGGCUGUGGAAACUGGGCAACAUCACCCAGACGCCCUAUUCGUACCUGUGGUCCAACGAGACCAUGUCACCGAUCCUGGUCGGUGGUCCCUCCAGGAAGACCAUGUACGUGACGUCACUCUACUUCACCAUGACGUGUAUGACCAGCGUCGGCUUCGGCAACGUGGCCGCCGAGACGGACAACGAGAAGAUCUUCACCAUCUGUAUGAUGAUCAUUGCAGCGCUGCUGUACGCUACCAUCUUCGGUCACGUGACGACCAUCAUCCAGCAGAUGACCUCGGCCACGGCCAAGUACCACGACAUGCUCAACAACGUGCGCGAGUUUAUGAAGCUGCACGAGGUGCCCAAGGCGCUCUCGGAACGCGUCAUGGACUACGUCGUUAGCACGUGGGCCAUGACCAAGGGCAUUGACACGGAUAAGGUUCUCAACUACUGUCCAAAAGACAUGCGGGCAGACAUAUGCGUCCACCUGAACCGUAAGGUGUUCAACGAGCACCCGGCGUUCCGCCUGGCCUCUGACGGCUGCCUGAGGGCGCUGGCCGUCCACUUCACCAUGUCGCACAGCGCUCCGGGCGACAUGCUCUUCCACACGGGCGAGAGCAUCGACACGCUGUGCUACAUCGUCUCCGGGUCGCUGGAGGUCAUCCAGGAUGACGAGGUGGUGGCCAUCUUGGGUCAGGGUGACGUGUUUGGAGACACGUUCUGGAAGGAUCCGACCGUUGGCCAGGCGGCGGCCAACGUGAGAGCGCUCACCUACUGCGACCUGCACACCAUCAAACGGGACAAGCUGCUCGAGGUGCUCGACUUUUACCACGCGUUCGCCAACUCGUUCGCACGCAACCUGGUGCUCACCUACAACCUCCGACAUCGGUUAAUAUUCAGGAAGGUCUCCGACGUCAAGAGGGAGAAGGAACUGGCCGAAAGGAGGAAGAACGACCCGCCUCCCGAUAUAAGUCAGGACCAUCUGGUUCGGAAGAUCUUCUCACGGUUCAAAAAGUCUAGUGACAGAUCCAACAGCCAACAGGGACUGAGGGACCUGGAGGCCGGUCACAGGACGGAGCCCGACACGCCUGCCUCAGCUGCCGGCGGCGGUGGUGGUGCGGGAGCCGCGGCGGUUACGAGCGUCGACGAUCCCUCACCACCCGCUCUGGGUGCCGUGAGUGCGGCGGGAGCCACCGGUGGGACUGUAGGAGGAGGAAUACUGUCCUCCGUCAAACUGCCCAGCGUUGGAGAACAGCAGGCCAUCAGCAAACGCGCGCGGACGAGGUGGGGCGCCCUGGGAGGCGGCGGCGGCGGGGGUUCGGCCAGUGUUGCAGCUGCCGCCGGAGCAGCCGCUGCCGCUGCCACCACUCCGUCAGAGGAGAAAAAGGAGAAACCCAAGAUCAAGUGGGGACCGAAAGUGGCGCCGCCGCCGCCGGAGCGGACUGAGGCCGGUGCGGACGAGGCGGCGCGACCUCCGCCGGUGGAGGAGCCUGCUCGACCUCCGGCGGCGCCCGCCAAACGGCUGGAGGUGGUCGAUCCGGUGCAACUGGUAGCCGGCGCCACGCAUCCGUCUGAGCUUCAGCAGCUGCUCUCCAGUCUGAUGGACUUCAAGGUGGACCUCAAGCUGGAGAUGCAGAAGCUGCACCAGCGGAUCGGUCGACUAGAGGACUCUCUAACCGAUGUGUGCGGACGCGUGCCGUACGCGGCCAGCCCGGCGCCGGGCUCGCGGCCAUCCAAAGACCGUGGCGCCGGCAGGCGGAGCGAUAGAGGCGCCGCAGCGGACAAGGCGAUUGUGCAAAACCAGACUCGGCCGUCCGGUGCCGUCGCGGGGGCCGAGGCGGCGGCCGGCAAACGGCCGAGCAGGCCGCGGUGUCAGUCGGCCACGGCGCGGGUGAGUGAGGACAGUCCGACGGACUCGAUGGUGCAGCGAAUGCUGGAGGACGAGAUCGGACGGCCGGGCGACAGCUCGCCGCGGCGGCACCCCAUUUACGGUGACGAUCGGCCCGGCUCGCCCGAGGAGUACUUGUAGUGCCGCCGAUCGCCGCCAGGUGUCAGUAUACGCCAGCCUCUCAGCACCUUCUGCCUUCUCUGCAAUUCCGCACCAAGUCCUCGAGGUUGUCCGAGUCUGUCCGCUAGACGGAGCAACGAUAGACUGCGACGAACGCGUUCACACUUCACUCUGUUGUUAAGGCGAUUUGUAGGUAUAUAACAUUCGUUUUUGCCUCCAUGUUCAUUCUUCUGAACAUGGUCGAGUGUAUAUUUCAUAUCGAAUGAAUUUUCGCCGAUCGUUUCAAUAUCGGCCAUGUUGAUUACUGAUAGGAAGUAUUAUUCUGGGAGAUUUUGAUGUCAUAUGAUUGAAGGAUUUCCAUGAGAUUUAGGAGAGAUAUGAUCACUUAUCGGACUGAUUGAUCUUGCAUGACUACGCGAAGAACAUUUCCCAAGGUCCGCUUGCGACGUUCGGCUUCUCCAGAAAGCAGGGUGUCCGAAAUUUAGUACUGCGACUUCAACAUUACGAUGGCCACCGUUAAGAUAUAUUAACUGAAGCAUGACGAAUUGUAUACCGGUCUUAACGGCAGAAUACUGACACAUUUUGUUACAUUUUUAAUUCGAAAGAGAAAGAGAGAAAUCCCUUAAUUACUUUGUCUCUGUUAUCACAAUACGAUACACCAAGCAUCGUGCACAACUAUAUAGUAUUAUAAGUGGGAUGGGUAAUUUGCGACGCAUGUUCCUUAUACUGUUAACGAUGAUGCUUAACUUGAUCACCUUCCCCUCAAAGUGCGCGUGACAUGAACUACUACCAAAUAGUAUGCAUGCCUAUUGCCUGUGCGUUAUUUUCUUAUAGAUUCGUUUAUGUUUGACGGUUUUCGGGAAUGUCACACGGAAACAUUCAUGCUGGUCCUGCAAUUUUGGUCUGCUCGUAUAUUGAUACCAUGUCAUGAAUAUUUGCUCCUAUUAAACUUGUGAGUUAAUAGUUGAAACAUUCCUUGAAGGCCGAACAAAAGCGUUAGCUGCCUCAGGACGCGUUGCAUGUAUGCACUGACUUUGACAAUUUAGGUUCGCCAUCGGCGAAACAUUUCGGAAAGCUGGCAAGUGGACUGAUUUUGCAGGAUUGUCCAGGGUUGUUUUCUUCUUGCUGUUGGUUCCAUGCGUAUAUGUUAGGUACAUUUUGAUCCUAUGUGAAAUGUGCUUACAUGCUGGUGUGAUACGAGUCAACAAUUUCAGGUCAGGUGGAUGUGAAUCUGCCGGUUAACUUUGUUCUGGAUAUUACAGGAAAGUGAAGCGCUUAUUUAGUUAUUUUUGAACAUGUCAGCAGUCGUCUUAUUUGAUUAUUGGUUUAAAUAAUUGAAUGUUGGCAGCUGAUUUAGGAUUAUUUAUUAUGCCCGACAUCCGCUGUGCGCUGGACUUUGGACCGUUUGAAGGUGUCCGUUUGUGAAGGUAUAAGUGAUUCGGCUGUGUGAGAGCGGUUGUCGUGGGGUAACGGUGAGCGUGCGCCCGUGUGUUAGGUGCGUGGCUGUCGUGGGGUAACGGUGAGCGUGCGCGUGUGUUAGGUGCGUGGCAGGACGUCGGUUCGUCACGAUGUGGCUGGUGGGCCGUGCGGCUUCCUCAGACGCCAUAUCACUGGGUGCCGCCCCGCCCGGCAGGCACACCCAUCCAAAUCACAAACGGAUAUAAGCAAUAACAAUCUCAGACGGGGAGUUGCGCCGGGGCUGCGACUCCAUUCGAAGACCUGACAAGUGUGUGUGUACAUUAAUUGCGAAAGAAAAUGUACAGUUUUAUUCUGGAAAACGGUGACAUUAUUAAUAGGAAAAUAUUGGUAAGAAAAGGCUACUCUGGCUACGUUUUGGUGGGGACCCGUUACUACAUUUGAGCUUGUAUUCCCGGCCAAGAUUCGGUGCCGUAAUUGAACCUGUCGAAUUGCAUGUGCACCGCCCGUACCGGGCUGUCCCAAUACUCACGAUGUCUGAUGUGGAAUAUUCAAAACGUAUCUGUGAUUUAGACAUAAACAAUGACGCCCGCGUUGGUAUACAAGUGCUGAAGUGGACGCAUACGCCCUUACCAAUUGUUGACAUGUAGUUCUUGAUUACAUCGUGUCACUGUAUAUAUUCAUACUUUGACCACCGUUGUAAUAGAUUAUCGAUACAU